AACGUGCCGCAUUUUUUUCUUCCUUCUUCUUCGUUCCUCUUUGACUGCGGCAUAACGCAUUAAUUACCCUUCCUGAAAUUGAACCAGCACCACAGCAGAGCACCAUGAAGAAGUUCGGCUUCGGCAAGAAGAGCGACGACGGCGACGACGCCAACAGAAACGCCCUCUUUGGCAGUCGCAAGAAGAACUCGCCCGCCCCCUCGGACAACCCGUAUGCCAACCAAGGCGCCAGCGACCCUUAUGCCGAGCAGACCAAAUAUGCCAACAUGGGCUCCUACCAGCCGGGCCAGGGCGGGCCGAACAACGGCGCCCGACCGCCCCCUGGAGGUGGCUACAACUCGUACCAGGGCGGACAGAACGCUGGCCCUCCGCAGACGGCCUCCUCAGGCUACGGCAGCGACCGAUAUGGCUCCGGCGGCGGCUAUGGCUCCAACCGCUACGACAGCGGGCCUCAGCAGAACGCUUCAUCGGGAGCUAGAGGCCCUGGAGGCUACGGCGGCUUUGGCCGUGACGCCCCCGACAGCAACAGAGACGCCCUCUUUGGCGGAGCGCAACAGCGACUCGAACAAAAGCAGCAGGCUGCUCCAGCGCCUGGGGGCUACAGCACAGCGUCAGCCGUCUCUGGCGGUUCCUACGGGGGCUAUGGCGAGCAGCGGGAACUGACAGAGGAGGAGCAAGAGGAGGCCGACACCCAGGCCAUCCUCGCCGAGAAGAGACAGCUUCAGCAGGAGAGUGUGUCGUCAGUACAGCGCUCGGUGCAGAUGGCUAGGCAGGCCAACGAAGUCGGGCGCGCCACCCUGGCUCGUCUUGGUGCGCAGGGCGAACGGCUGCACAACACCGAGAAGAACCUCGACCUUGCGGCCAACCAGAACAAGAUUGCCCAGGAUAGAGCAGCAGAGCUCAAGACACUCAACGGGAGCAUGUUUGCGGUUCACGUGGGGAACCCUUUCACGUCCAAACAGCGCCAGCAAAGAGCCGAUGAGGAGAUCUUGGCUCGUCAUCGGGCUGAGCGAGAGCAGCGAGAGACGACGCGGCGAGACGGCUACGCAGCCACCCAGCGCAUGGAGCAGAACAUGCGCCAGCUGAACACGGGCAUGGGCCGGCAGCAGGGCCGCAAGAAGGACUACGGCAAGUUCAACCUGGACGACGAGGAGGGCGCCGACGAACUCGAGGACCAGAUCGACGAGGGUCUCACCGAGCUCGAGGGACAGGUCAAGAUGAUGAACAUGGUCGGCCGGGCCAUUGGCAACGAGGUGGAUGCUCAGAACAAGCAGAUUGACCGGAUCAUGAACAAGGUAAUCCCCCCCUCUUACUCUCUUCUCUUCUUCUGA